GAUAUCGUACCAGAUGGAGCCCGAUCUUUACCCCCGUCCCAGAUGGCUCUCCUGAAAUUCUUUUCAAUCUAUAUACCCAUAUAUCUGUAAUUUACGUUUUGUAUCUCCAUGAGAAUAGAAGAUAUCAUCUAUUUCACCAUUGCUAUAGGUUUAAUUGGUUUACUAUUUGAUUAACCGAGUGACGAAGUUUACAAACCAAAAUAAACCUGAUUUCGACCCGAUUAAAACCUGAUUUUGACCCGAUUAGAAACAUAACCCUCAACCGAGAAAUCCCUAAAAUCACAUUUUAACCUCUUUUUUGUUUUCUCUCGCGACGAACCCUAGAAAAUCAAAUUUCACCAUCGAUUUCUCAAAUUGAAUCGAUGGAUUUAAUAAUCCGAUCUGGUUUUGGGCAACAAGAUGGUAUUGGGCAAAGAGAUGGUGUUGGAGAACGAGAGUACGAUGAAGAAGGAGAGGAUCGAGAUGAAUUUCACGUCGAUAUGCUUGCUCAGGAAUUUACCGAUGCUGAAGAGUCGAUUCGUCAUGAUACGUACCCAGAAAGUGACGACGAGGAAGAAGGUCGUGGUCGUGGUGCGGGUCGUGGUCGUGGUGCGGGUCCAGAGAGGGUGUUUACGGAUAUCGGACGUGGUGAUGGAACUUUGUGGAAAGACCAAUCCUUCUACAAUGGGGUCGCAUUCAAGGAGAGUGUCUUGGACUAUGCACUACAUACUGGUUACAAUUUGAAGCAAUACAGGUAUGACAAAGAUAAACUCGGGUUUAGAUGUGUUGGGGAUAAGGGCAAUUGUGAGUGGAAAGUGUUUGCUGCACUUCUUCCAAACGCAUCUUUGUGGAAGAUUACGAAAUACAUUGAUAAGCAUUGUUGUACCCCCAAUGGCGAGUGUGAGAUGUUUAAGGUCCCAGUCAUAGCUAGAAUUUUUCUCGAUAAGAUUAGAGAGGAACCGGAUCAUUACAAGCCUUUGAGGAUUGAACAGAUUAUCAUGGAAAGGUGGAAGAUAUCCGCUACUAGGCCACAAUGUCAAGCUGCUCGGAGAAAGGCUUUGGGAUGGAUAGAGUAUGAGUAUGAACAACAGUUUGCACGACUGCGAGAUUACCAAGCUGAGAUCUUGGAAGCAAAUCCAGGGGUGGUGGAGGACUAUCUCAAGGUGGUGGAGGACUUUCACAAGCCUGAAUAUUGAAGAUUAUGGUAGUAGGGGUCUGUUUUUUGGUUUAAGAGACUAGUUGGAUCUGUAUUUUGGUCGAAUAGACUAGUAGGGUUAUGUUUUUGGUCUGUGAUCAUGUUGAGAACAUGAUUUCAAAACGUUAUCAUUCUGCUUGUUUUCAGAACAUGUGUUCAUCAUGUUCUGCCUUUUAUGAAAUGUGGAAUGUCUUAUCUUAUUAAAUGCAAUAGCAACACCAACAGGAGUUCACACUCAACACCAAAACAAACAAGAGCAUAAAGCAGAGCAUACAACCGAACAACAAUAGAUUACAACCGAACAAUAGUUUACAAUAGCUCAUCAUACAAGCUUAAACAGAGCAAACAAGAUCA